AUGCCGUUGCCAGAGCCGCCGCCGCGGGCCCUCGAAGAAGCGGAGGACCUGCGGGCCACCCUGGGCGGCCGCCCGCCGCGGGUCGAGGUGGUGGCCGGGGGCCUCGGGCGAGGCGGGCAGCCGAACCAGCUGUACCGCCCCAUCGGCCUGGCGGUCGACGGCGAGGGCGGCGUCGUGAUCGCGGACAACGGCAACGACCGCGUGGUGAGGUGGCUCCCGGGAAGCUCCAAGGGCGAGUUGGUUGCUGGCGGAGGCGGGGAGCUCGACGGGCCAGGCUUCGACGACCCCAUCGGCGUGGUCAUCCCCGCUGGGGGCGGCGUGCUGAUCACGGGCGGGGGCGGGCUCUGGCACGCAGGCACCAGCGCGGCGCCGGAGCUCCUGUCGUGCGGCGCUUCCCCCGAGUGGUUCACGCCGCCGAGCUGCUCGGCGCAGGUCGCCAGCGGGGUUUCGCCGCUCGCCGCCCCAUCUGCCGGCGGACCGACCGAUCGGCCGCCCGCCGCCGCGGUCGGCUCCGCCGCUCGCCGACCGGCCAGCCGACCGACUGGCCGCCCGCCGCCGCUCGCCGCGGCGGCGACGGGCCGCGGCGCCUGCGUCGAUCGGCCGCUGCCGCGGUCGGUGGCCGUCAGCCGGUCGCCGCCGACGGCAGACGGGCGUUUCUUCUCCGUGAUAAGUUCUGCAUUCGCCCCGGAUCCCAGUUCCAUGAAGGCGUCGGAGGCCAGAUUCCCGGAUCAAAGGAGGAGCGCGCACGCCGGGCCCCCCUUGCCUCGCUGGGCCGUGCUCCGCAGCGCGUCGCCCCCGGCAGCUUCGCCGGGCGUCGCGGCGGCCGCUGCGCAGGACACCCGAGGAGGCCCAAGCGCCGUGCGCGCGCACGCGCGGCUGCUGCGGCGCGCCCCGGCGGCCCGCGGUGCUGUGGUGCGCGGCGAGCACGCGGGGCUGGGCCGCGGGGCUGCGCCAGGCCUGCUGUGGUGGCGGGGAAAGCUCGCGCUCGGAGACGUCCCGGCCAGCGGGCGGCACGCGGACUUCCCGACCGUGGGGAAGUUGGCGCGGUGGCUGGCCAACCAGGAGAGGAGCGCGCGCCUCCGCAGGCCGUCGUGCUCGUCGGGUGGCGGGAGGCCAAGCCGCUGCUCCGUUUUGUGGAGGCCGCCGCGGCGCAGCGCGCUGGGCCCCGGGGGGGCUGGCGGCCCGCGGUGGCCGCCCACGUCGCCGCGGUGGUCAUCCUGGCGGAGGGUCACCAGCAGACCACGCGCGCGGCCACCUUCGUCGCUGGCCGGGAGCACUCCAUGGCCGACGAGGCGGGCGCGGGGCCCCGCGUCCUCAUCGCCGGCAGCGAAGGCGAGCUCCGGAGCCUGCUGGACGCGGCGGCGCCCGCCGCCCUGGCGCGGGCGGUCGCGACGGAGGGCCCCGCGGGGGCGCCCGGCGGCCCGCCAGAGCCCAGGAGGGCUCUCGCCAGAGAGGCCAACCCGGGCGCGAUUUUGGCUGACGCCCCCGAGCCCUACUCUGUGGACGGCCGGGCCUACUACAGGCUGUCGCUAUGAUCGUCGCGCCUGGCGCGCUCCGUGCGCCAGGCAGGAAGGUCCAGCGCCGAUGCAAGAGAUCCGUGCGGAUCCCCGAGGAAGUCUGUUCCUUGUCUCGUGCCUCUGA